CCGCGCAUGCUCUGUGUGUCUCCUUCAUCGUGCCCUGUUCCAGCGCACAGUAAAGCUAAACUAGCUGUCAUCCCAGAGACCAGCAUCACGUCAGGGAGGCUCUCCAGACUCUGUUUCAGUCACGCUUACUAACCCACCUGAAUACCUCGGAACUGCAUCAUGGCUGUUCCUCCUUCAUACGCAGACCUGGGCAAGGCUGCCAAGGACAUAUUCAGCAAAGGCUACGGCUUUGGUGUCGUGAAGCUGGACCUAAAGACCAAGUCACAGAGUGGAGUGAUGGAGUUCAACACAUCUGGCUCCAGUAACACAGACACAGGAAAGGCCUCAGGAAGCCUAGAGACCAAGUACAAGAUGAAGGAGCUGGGUCUAAGCUGCACACAGAAGUGGAACACAGAUAACACACUGGUCACUGAGGUGACUGUGGAAGACCAGCUAGCCCAAGGACUGAAGGUUGGCCUAGAUAUGUCUUUUGUACCAAACACAGGUAAAAAAAGUGGGAAACUGAAGACGGGCUACAAGCACGAUUACGUUAACCUGGGCUGUGAUGUGGAUUUUGAGGGUCCUAUAAUCCACGCCAACGGUGUGGUGGGCUACGAGGGCUGGCUGGCCGGCUAUCAGAUGGCCUUCGACACGGCCAAGUCCAAACUGACUCAGAACAACUUUGCUCUUGGCUACAAGUCUGGAGACUUCCAACUGCACACCAACGUUAAUGACGGGACAGAGUUCGGUGGCUCCAUCUACCAGAAGGUCAACAACCAGCUGGAAACAGCGGUAACUCUGGCCUGGACAGCCGGCAGUAACAACACUCGCUUUGGCAUUGCUGCUAAAUACAAGCUGGACAACGACACCUCCCUGUCUGCCAAAGUGAACAACGCCAGCCUGAUUGGUGUAGGUUACACCCAGAGCCUUCGGCCAGGUGUGAAGGUCACUCUCUCUGCCCUGAUCGACGGGAAGAACUUCAACACUGGUGGUCACAAAGUCGGCAUGGGCUUCGAGCUGGAGGCAUAAGGACCGGCCACAAAGAAACCUAAAUAGCCCAGAACCUCAUGAGCCCUUUACUCACCCCCUCCACUGUGUGCCCCUCACCCCCAUUCCUUACACGUCUCCAUGAGUGCUUGCAGUGGCAGUGACGGCGGUGCCGCGGCAUCAUGAGGCAGUAAUCGACCAAACACGAGACUGCUGGUGGUUAGUUGAGGACUGUUUGCUUCCAUGAGCAGUCACACAUAUCCCUGAGUUUAAUUUCCCCUUGGAUGGAGUAGGCUUUAGUAUAAACAUGUAGCUUCAUUGAUCUUUUGUUUAAAAGAAAAGUAACAGCAUGUCAGGGUGAAAAUGCCAGUUUUAUGCCCGUUUCCAAAAAGGUUUGUGUUUUCGGGCGGUGUUGCGUGGAUUAUUUAAAGACUGUAGUUGUUUGGACACAACACAGAUGUAUGAGCGUAGGACUGAAGUGUUGCAGUGUUAGUGGUUUAAGUUCAGAGAAUGGAUGAACGAUAUUUAAAGCUAAACCUUUGUUUAUCCUCGAUGUGAGCUUUUUAUCAUUUGCCGAAAUUGGAUGUGGUGGAAUGUUCUACAGUAGUACUGUGUGUAGUUAGUUUCUGCAUUCCUCCAGCAUUGGUUUCUUAUUCUUAUCUCACAGCAGGACAGCCACACAGUGUGUUUGUGCCCCCGCGUCUGGUGGUGGAGCGCUUUAGUGGCACCGCGUCUCUUAACUGGACAGCCAGCUGUUUCCUCGGUUGCUGUAGUUGGACAGCUGCAGUCAGUGCUGCCGGGGCUACAUCUACACUUGGUACAUGUGGACAUUUACAUCCGGCCUUUUUUUGUUGUGUCAGAAUGUCCAAAGGAGCUGCUGUGUCCCACACGUCCAUCGUUUUAUUUUUCAUCAAAUUCAUAUUUGUCACCUAGACUCUCCAAUAAAGAAUCCCUACAGGGAAUUCCAAUUAA